AUGGUAGUCACUGCGCGAACACGCAAUAAUAUUACGUCCUCAGAGGAACUGUUAGUGCUGCUGCUAGAUAGCGGCGCACAACACAGCUUCAUAAAAGAGGCUACUGCGUCGAGACUGGGACUUCCGUUUGAAGAUUCUCAGCCACUCACUACGCGAAGCUUCGGAGGUCAUCUGACAACUGAAGUUUCAUCUCGUGUUUCUCUAGUCUUACGAGACCAUGCGGGUAUACCUGUUAAACUCGCGAUACGAUACGAAGUUUACCGAUAUAAUAGCGAUCUCGUCACCGAUGGAGAUAUCGACAUAGAUGUCCUCAUUGGGAUGGAUCACUAUUGGAGAAUCGUCGACACGACGAGAGCACGAAGAUUACCGUCAGGACUCAUGAUCGUGUACACACGAUUUGGACCGUAG